UCGUCUCAUGACGAAGGCUGGUGGGAGAGUCAUCGUACUAGUCGUACUGGACAUCGGCUACUGAACAUUGAGCCUAGUUAGGGCAGGCGCGGGCGGUCUCGAGCGGGCAGUGCGGCCGCUGCGCUCCACAGGAACAGGAAAGUGCCCCGCCAAUAGCUUUACAAAGUUAUUACGUGGGCUUCUCACCUGCAGCGGGAAACAGUCACGACAUUUCUGCCAGCACUUGGCUAAAACCCAUCCUGCAAAGACAUUGUCGCUAGCAACAGCAUUCUAUCGACAUGGCAGCAAAACCCUUCAACGUCGCCGUUGUUGGCUUUGGUCUUUCUGCCAAAGUCUUCCACAUACCAUUUGUUCAAGCCCUGCCUGGCGAUUUCAAAAUCUACGGCGUUGUCCAGAGAAGUCCAACACCUGAAAACGAUGCUUCCAAACUCUACCCAGGAAUCAAGAGCUGGAGGUCAAUUGACGAAGUCUACGAGGACCCCGAAGUGGACGUUGUGAUUGUUACCACGCCGCCCGAUGGCCAUUACGAGUUUGCUAAGAAGUCUUUGGAGAGCGGCAAGCAUGUGAUCGUCGAAAAGCCAUUCGUGCCUACUUCAAAAGAGGCCGGUGAGCUCGCGGCAAUCUCCCAGCAGACGGGCAAGAAGCUGGCAGUGUACCAGAAUCGGAGAUGGGAUGCAGACUUCCUUACAUUGAGGAAGAUCAUCGAUGAUGGCCAUCUGGGAGAGAUUUCUGAGUUUCAAACGCACUUUGACCGACACAGGCCUGAUCCUCCGCCGGAAAGCUGGAAGAAUGACAACAAGCCUGCCCAUGGAACCCUGUAUGAUCUUGGCACGCAUCUCAUCGAUCAAGUGUACACGCUCUUCGGCCUCCCGAAGCGUAUCACAGGAUUUGUGGGAACCCAGAGGCGAGGUGUGACGGGAGGUGCUCCGGAUUCCAUCACUGUUUUGCUGCAUUACGAUGGGCCGAUUCUCGUGACUGUGAAGGCAGGCGUGGUCAGUCCAGAAGUGGAGCAGCUCCGAUACUGGGUGAGAGGCACGAAGGGGAGCUUCAAGAAGUUUCACCUUGAUCGCCAAGAGGAUCAAUUGCGGAAAGAGAAUGUUGGACCUGGACACAAGGACUUCGGUGUCGACCCAGAAUCGCACUACGGCACCCUCAUCAAAGUUGAGACCGAGAAAUCGACGCCUGUGGUUGAAAAAUACCCAACUGUUUCUCCACCAACAUAUCUCGAGUACUAUCGGAUUUUCGCGAGGGCCAUUCGAGGAGAAGGCGAUGUGCCAGUGAAAGCGGAGGAAGCACGAGAUGUCUUGCGCAUAAUUGAGCUGAUUGAGCAAUCCUCUCGUGAGGGUAGAACUCUUGAGCUUUGAUUCCCGAAUGAUGUAUAGCACGGCACUUAAUCGUGACUACCUCUAAAAGCAAAUAACUCCGUGUGCAAGCGCAGGUCGCUAAGCCCAGCCGCAAAGGUUCUCAUGGAUCGAGAGCCGAUCCACUGAGGCGCUUGCACUUAGAGGUAGUUCUAUUCAAAGGUAGCCACGGUUAUUUGACAAAAAUGGAUUGACGAUCUCACAGCUCAAGAACCUGUUGACCCUUCGCCUGAGCGUUUGAAUUGUUGCAUUGAUUAAGAUUUUGCGUAGAGACAGCCGCCGCCACCGCAACCACAUCUGGGA